AUGAAUAAAUCCAAUGACUACUCAAAUAUGGAAAUUACCCUAGACAACCAAAACAAUUCCAAAAGAAGAAAUGAAACUUGGUGUAAAGUUCAGCCACAAACCAAAAACUUAUCACUACUUAGUCGAAACACUAACCAAUUUGGCUUAUCUAAGAAAGUACAACGAUCCUCAAGAAAGAAUGACAGAAGUUUCAGAGAAACUUCAAAUGAGCUUCGACCCCAAACAAAAUUUGGUGGAUCAAUUAGUGAAGCUAUUGAUCUUACAGAAACAGAACAACCAUAUGAAGAAAGUGUAUCUCAAAGAACUUUAAAUAAUAAUGAAAAAACCAUGAAUAUUAGAGCAACACCAGUACCAGGAAAUAGUCACACAAAUGACUCUUCAACUAGAUUCUUACAGGUACCAAACGGAACUACAUAUGAAUCCAGAACAACUACUCCAGAAGAAACAGGAAGUGUACAAUGUAAAAUAUGCUCUGGAACACUUGGACAACAUGAAUACUGGGACUGUCCAAACACAAUAUCUGAAUGCAAAGAGUAUCAAUGUGAAUAUUGUCUUAUAAGAGGACAUAAGCAAUAUCAAUGCAAAGAAUUAUUAUUGGACAAAGCAAAUGAAUAUAAUGGUUGUGGAUGUAAUUCAAGAGAAUUAGAACACAAAGAAAAGUUAAUUGAAUGUUACCUUUGUAAAAAGAAAGGAACAAAAAGAGAAUUUGCAAAUUAUGGAAAUAUAUUCUUUUGUACUUGGGAAGAAAAAUAUGCCUAUCAAAUAUAUCUUGAUAUAGUAGACCCUUGCCAUAAUUAUACUUAUGAAGGAAGGAAAGAACAUUGGCUCAAUACUAAACAGUUAGCAGGAAAUUAUAUAACAAUCAAUAGAUCAAUAACACCAAUUCUCUAUAACAAAGAAAAUAAUGAUGUCGAAGAAGAAAUAGCUUAUAACCAAGCUGUUACUGAAAACUUAAACAAUUUGGAUAAAGGAAAUACAAAGAGACCAGAAACAUAUGAUAAAUGGUGUAAAGAAACAUCUAAAGUAGGAUGUACUUUUUGUAAAGAAUGUCUUUUAUCAAUCAAUAUCAAAGAACAAAGAUCAGAAGAAGACCUAGCAAAAGGAAUAUGUCGAGAAUGUUAUACUAAAGAAAAAGGAAAAGCUAAGUAA